AUGGAGGCCGGGUUGUUAAAUAUCCUCGCUCGAGUUAUUUUAAUGUUAGAUUUUCUAUUUGAAGACCUGGAGAGCCUGCAGAUGAAAGACUUUUGCUCUGAAGUAUCCUUGUUUGUUGGCCCAAAGUCUGAUGAUUAUGACAACGUCUACACUUGUGUGUUGUUUGUAUCAGCUAGUGUGGCAAUAAUUUCCUCAUAUAUACGUGUGAUGAUAGCAGCCAGGUCAGCCUCCACAGACAAAGCUUCAGCUCGUAAGGCUCGUAACACCCUGCUGCUGCAUCUGGUGCAGCUGGGCCUCAGUCUGUCUGCAACUAUACACAACCCCUUGCUUAUCGCCAUCUCAAAAACUGCUAUGAGGAUAGUACUUGUGCGCAUCCAGAGUGUUUUUUACGUGUUUAUAAUCAUUCUCCCCAGAUGUCUGAGCGCUCUCAUCUAUGGCAUCAGAGAUCACACUAUCAGAUGCGUCCUUGUGUACCAUCUCUGCUGUCGACUGAAACUCUUAUCCUCUGACUGGCCUUCAUAAGUCUGAAUAUCCAGCUUUCGUAAUAGAACA